AGUACCGCUCAAGUUUCUGAGACAACAGAAUCUCAGAUCACCACUACCACCUCUGGACAAAGUACCGCUCAACUUUCUGAGACAACACAAUCUCAGAUCACCAUUAUCACAGCAACCCAAGGGAUAGCUGUGACUUCUCAGGCAACUGCAGCUGUGGGCACAGCAGCAACAACAAUACUGUUUACCACAACUGCAGAAGACUCCACCGUUGCAGGAACUCAAUCCACCACACAAACUGAAACUACUACCGCAGAUGAAACAACAGCAUCAGCCUCUUCACCUCUAACUUCUGAGAUGUCAACAGCUGGAGGAAUGACAAGCAUCUCUGCUGCUCCCCAGACAUCGACUCAUGCCACAGACACAUCUGCCUUUCAAACUACAACAUUGAAGGAAUUUCCAUCCUCCACUGCAGCAGUCAUGUCCUCACCUGCAUAUACAUCAAGAACAGAGGAGACUUCAACUCCUUCUAAUGCAACUGAUGCCCUCAGAACUACAAAUUCAGGCAGUACUGCUUUUACUACUUAUAAUUUAACUUCUGGUCAUUUUGUGACAUCUGUUUUACCAAAUGUCACAACUGAUGCAUCUAAAAUGUCAACAACCAACUUUCAGUCUACUUUUAUAACAACUUUCUCAUCUACACAGCACUUACCUUUCACUUCUUCAACAACUACUCAUCUCUCUACAACUACGAUGGACUUACCUUCCACUUCUUUAACAACUACUCAUCUCGCUACAUCUACGAUGGACUUACCUUCCACUUCUUCAACAACUACUCAUCUGUCUACAACAACGAUGGACUUACCUUCCACUUCUUCAACAACUACUCAUCUCUCUACAACUACAUUGGACUUACCUUCCACUUCUUCAACAACUACUCAUCUCUCUACAACUACGAUGGACUUACCUUCCAGUUCUUCAACAACUACUCAUCUUUCUACAACUACGAUGGACUUACCUUUCAGUUCUUCAACAACUACUCAUCUCUCUACAACUUCGAUGGACUUACCUUCCACUUCUUCAACAACUACUCAUCUCUCUACAACCACGAUCGACUUACCUUCCAGUUCUUCAACAAAUACUUAUCUCUCUACAACUACGAUGGACUUACCUUCCACUUCUUCAACGACAACUCAUCUUUCUACAACUACGAUUGACUUAUUUUCCAGUUCUUCAACAAAUACUCAUCUCUCUACAACUAUGAUGGACUUACCUUCCACUUCUUCAAUGACAACUCAUCUUUCUACAACUACAAUUGACUUACCUUCCAGUUCUUCAACAACUACUCAUCUUUCUACAACUACAAUGGACUUACCUACCACUUCUUCAACAACUACUUAUCUCUCCACAUCUACGAUGGACUUACCUUCCACUUCUUCAACAACUACUCAUCUUUCUACAACUACAAUGGACUUACCUUCCACUUCUUCAACAACUACUUAUCUCUCCACAUCUACGAUGGACUUACCUUCCACUUCUUCAACAACUACUCAUCUCUCCACAUCAACGAUGGACUUACCUUCCACUUCUUCAACCACUACUCAGCUCUCUACAACUACAAAGCAUUUACCUUCCACUUCUUCAACAACUACUCAUCUUUCUACAACUACAAAGCACUUACCUUCUACUUCUCCAACAACUACUCAUCUCUCCACAUCAACGAUGGACUUACCUUCCACUUCUUCAACAACUACUCAGCUCUCUACAACUACAAAGCAUUUACCUUCCACUUCUUCAACAACUACUCAUCUUUCUACAACUACAAAGCAUUUACCUUCCACUUCUUCAACAACUACUCAUCUCUCUACAACUACAAAGCACUUACCUUCCACUUCUCCAACAACUACUCAUCUCUCUACAACUACAAAGCACUUACCUUCCACUUCUCCAACAACUACACAUCUCUCUACAACUACAAAAGCCAGCACAACUCAAAAUAGGUGUCAGAAUGGAGGCACAUGGGAUGAGAUUAAAUGCCUUUGUCUCCCUGAAUUCUAUGGCCCUAAGUGUGAGUUCCUGAUAGACAGAGUUGAUGUUGCGAAAGCCAAAACCUCUGUGAGCGUGACACUGAGAGUUGCAAAUGAAAUAUUUGAUAAUAAGUUACUUGAUAACACCACCGUGGAAUAUGAAAACUUUAAAACCAGGUUUAAGGAAGAGAUGAGGACAGUCUAUGCUAAUGUCUCUGGGUAUGUCAACGUGGAAAUUAUCUCUUUGAGGAAAGGCAGCAUCAUUGUGGAACAUAAAGUCAUCGUGGAGGUUGAGCUCAAGGACAAUCUGACACAACAAUACAAUAAUGUACUGGAACAAGUGACUGAUCAGCUGAAUGACCUCAACUGCACACAUGGAAACUCUGCCUUGUGUCUGGAUGGAAAUAAGCCCUUGGUUGAAGCAAGUACACUCCCGUCUGCGGAAGAACUCUGCAAAGAAAAGGUUGUAAAUGGAUCUGAAAACUUGUAUAGCCCAUUACAAACCCCUACUGGCCUGAUCUGCAUCUCAGCAUGUGAUGAACGCUCCAAGAAUUAUAUGAACUGUACCAUUGGCAGUUGUCGGCUUAAUGGCACCAAAGGCCCACUUUGCUACUGCCCAGAUACAGACAAAUAUAUCUAUAUGCAAGAUCGGUGUCAGGGGAAGGUACUAAAGGCAGGAUUGUAUGGAGGUCUCGGAGCCGGCUUCGCUCUUCUGAUGAUCAUCUUAAUUACGACUGGACUCCUCUUAUACAGAACCAAACGUUGGUAUAAAUGGGAUCCAUUCUUACAACCUGAGGAACCAAAAUGGUAUGAGGAUACAGAUGGCGUAUGGACCAAUCCGCUCAGCUACGAGAAUCCAGGAGCAGUUCUAUAUGAAGACGAUAUCUCCUAUAUUAGCAGUCAGGCCACUACCAUCACCUUUGAACCGAGCCUACAAAAUGUGGACACAAGAAUUAAGGUUAAUAUUAAGAGGCCAGAAAAGGUGGAUGUGAAUUUGCCACCAUCAUAGAUAGAAGACCCAACACAAGGACCUUCCUGGAGAGGACAAUCUGGGUCCAUGGACUGACCAUUCAGAUCAACAAAGAGGAGGACCCUAGAGACAAUGUUACCAUUAGAAGACCCAAAGACCUUCCUGGAGAGGACAAUCUGGGUCCAUGGACUGACCAUUCAGAUCAACAAAGAGAGGACCCUAGAGACAAUGUUAUCAUUAGAAGACCCAACACAAAGACCUUCCUGGAGAGGACAAUCUGGGUCCAUGGACUGACCAUUCAGAUCAACAAAGAGAGGACCCUAGAGACAAUGUUAUCAUUAGAAGACCCAACACAAAGACCUUCCUGGAGAGGACAAUCUGGGUCCAUGGACUGACCAUUCAGAUCAACAAAGAGGAGGACCCUAGAGACAAUGUUACCAUUAGAAGACCCAACGCAAAGACCUUCCUGGAGAGGACAAUCUGGGUCCAUGGACUGACCAUUCAGAUCAACAAAGAGAGGGCCCUAGAGGCAAUGUUACCAUUAGAAGACCCAACACAAAGACCUUCCUGGAGAGGACAAUCUGGGUCCAUGGACUGACCAUUCAGAUCAACAAAGAGAGGACCCUAGAGACAAUGUUAUCAUUAGAAGACCUGACACAAAGACCUUCCUGGAGAGGACAAUCUGGGUCCAUGGACUGACCAUUCAGAUCAACAAAGAGAGGACCCUAGAGACAAUGUUAUCAUUAGAAGACCCAACACAAAGACCUUCCUGGAGAGGACAAUCUGGGUCCAUGGACUGACCAUUCAGAUCAACAAAGAGAGGACCCUAGAGACAAUGUUAUCAUUAGAAGACCCAACACAAAGACCUUCCUGGAGAGGACAAUCUGGGUCCAUGGACUGACCAUUCAGAUCAACAAAGAGAGGACCCUAGAGACAAUGUUAUCAUUAGAAGACCCAACACAAAGACCUUCCUGGAGAGGACAAUCUGGGUCCAUGGACUGACCAUUCAGAUCAACAAAGAGGAGGACCCUAGAGACAAUGUUACCAUUAGAAGACCCAACGCAAAGACCUUCCUGGAGAGGACAAUCUGGGUCCAUGGACUGACCAUUCAGAUCAACAAAGAGAGGGCCCUAGAGGCAAUGUUACCAUUAGAAGACCCAACACAAAGACCUUCCUGGAGAGGACAAUCUGGGUCCAUGGACUGACCAUUCAGAUCAACAAAGAGAGGACCCUAGAGACAAUGUUAUCAUUAGAAGACCUGACACAAAGACCUUCCUGGAGAGGACAAUCUGGGUCCAUGGACUGACCAUUCAGAUCAACAAAGAGAGGACCCUAGAGACAAUGUUAUCAUUAGAAGACCUGACACAAAGACCUUCCUGGAGAGGACAAUCUGGGUCCAUGGACUGACCAUUCAGAUCAACAAAGAGAGGGCCCUAGAGGCAAUGUUACCAUUAGAAGACCCAACACAAAGACCUUCCUGGAGAGGACAAUCUGGGUCCAUGGACUGACCAUUCAGAUCAACCCUAGAGACAAUGUUACCAUUAGAAACACAUGAGCGGAAUGCUGGAGGAUAAAGAAUAUACAAAGAAAGGAGGAGGGAGGUUCUGGGUGAUGAAGACUUGGGGGGACCAAAAUGAGGUUUUAUGAAAAGAAGAAUCCAGUUCUGGGCAGAGAAAGAAGAGAAGAAGAAAUGAUGUUACUUCUUAUGGUCCUUCCACCGCCCCCCCUUCCCCUUAUACAUUGCUGUAGGCCCUACUUGGCUCCAUUAUCCCCAUAUUCUCUAUGGACUCGUGUUAUUUAUAUUAUCUGAUUGAAAGAAUUUAUUUGAUAUAAUUUAUUG